CCAGCAAAUAAAUAAUCCUGAAAAAGGAAGUAUUGAAUUUGAAGGGAAGCAUCUAGAAUGGCGACACCACCGAAGAACAUCGAGGGUUUCUACAAGCAAAAGAAGAGCAACACUUCCAAAUCAAAAUCCUCAAACUCAACCAAACAUGCCGCCGCUACUUCCGGUUCCAAUAUCGCCCAACCGCCGGCCCUCGUUUCCCACGGCGGUUCUCUCGAUCUCGAAGCAGACGAUUUCGACGAGGAGCAGCAAGUAUUGAGGCAAUUUGAUAUGAACAUGGAGUUCGGACCAUGCAUUGGUAUACCGAGAAUUGAUCGCUGGGAAAGAGCUCGAAGAUUGGGUCUCAAUCCUCCUAAAGAGAUUGAAAGUAUUCUCAAACGUGGUAAAGUGAAGCGACAAUCUUUAUUUGGUGGUCGCACUUAGUGGUACUUUAUUACGUUCGGAUGAAAUCAAUGUACAGAUUCUGGAUUUUCUCGUUGAAUGUUGUCAUGAAACUGUGAAGAUUUGCUGCUCUUAAAUGCACAGAUUACAACUC